AUGACUAGUAAUAGGGAAAGAAAGGUUUGGUUAGUACAGUCACGUGAAUUGUCUAUAAUUACAGACUUAUUACCUUCUAAUAUUGGAAGACAAUCAUUGGUAAGUUCUCUAAUUGAAGCAUAUGAAUUAGAUUCUCUUUGUGAAGGUAUUGUCAGAGUUUACGCAGCCACCAAGAGUGAACUUAUUUCAUACCAUGACAAAGAGUUUAUUAACUUCUUGCUUAAGGUACGAUCUGAUGUUGACGCUGGUAUAGAGAAUCUUGAAGAGAUUAAGCAGUAUAUCGAAGAAGAAAUGACUAAAACAGAUGAUUCGCUUGUAGAACUUGAGAAAUUUGGUUUAUUACACGAUUGUUAUCCAUUCCCAUUUAUGGGAGAUUAUGUUAAAUUAAUAGCUGGAACAACCAUUUCUUCGGUUAAGACGCUAAUACAAGCUAAGAAUUAUGAUACACAUAAUAUAGUGAUCAAUUGGUAUGGAGGAAGACAUCAUUGUCAUAAAGCUAAAGUAGCGGGAUUUUGCUAUGUUAAUGAUAUAGUACUAGGCAUUCAAAUAUUAAGGAAAUCAUUUUCAAGAGUAUUUUAUCUUGACCUAGAUUUACACCAUGGAAAUGGAGUGGAGAAUGCCUAUAGGGCUUCUAAGAAUGUAUUAACUUGUUCAAUUCAUAGGUAUGAUAUUGGGUUUUAUCCUGGAAGUGGAUCACUAAAGGAUUCUAGCAUAUCACUGGUUAAUAUACCGACUAAAAGAGGAUUAAGUGAUACAAGUAUGAUGUACAUUAUAAAGGAUAUAGUAUUACCAUUAAUUGAGAGGUUUGAUCCCCAAGCCCUUGUAAUUCAAACAGGAUGCGAUGGUUUAUCAACUGAUGAACAUAAUGAAUGGAACCUAAGUAUUAAAUGCAUGGGCUCUGUCAUAAACCACUUGUUAAAGGAAACUAAAAAUGUGCCUACAUUAAUUCUUGGUGGGGGAGGUUAUAAUCAUACCGAAACUGCAAAAUGUUGGACAUUUAUUACGAAUCAGAUUUUGCAAAACGAAGAGAUUUCUAAUAAACCAAUUCCCGAACAUGAACAUCUUGAUGCUUAUGAAAAAGACGGAUUCCAAUUCUGGACUAACGAUAACACGAUACCUAAGAGAAUGAAAGAUGAAAACACUACAGAGUACUUACAGCAAAUGAGGGAUUAUAUUUUGAACUAA